UAGGGUGUCACCGUGUGUGACUGUCCAAGAUGGAGCUCCUGCAGUAUAUAGACAAAAACACAUCAAAAGUCACUCGUAUAGAUGGAUUAUAUUAUCUGGAACAGUUUAAGACGGCAUAUGUGAGGGGCCAUAGACGGACCCCCAGUGAUGUGCAGUUUAAGGAACUUACACGCCGGGACAUCAUGAAGGCCAUGAACAAGGAGGUUGCCAAACUGGUCAAUACUGCAUUACCAGGUCAACAGAAGGAGAUGCGUCGGGAGCUAGAUGAUUAUGAGGAAUUAUUUAACCGCUACCUUCAGGAAACUGGACCAUCGUUCGCAUGGGAAAGGAUCAAAGUUUUACCUGAUGAUGCU